GCGCCGCACAUCAAGCCCCACCCACCGUGGAUCUUCUGAGCCCUCCGGGCACCCGUCGCGGAGGAAGCGCGCUCUGCGGAAAGGGGCGGGCCUCGCACGGGAAGGCGGCUGGUUUGAAAAGUGACCACAGUUGGAGGCUUUGGGUUUGUUAUUUCGCUUGUCUCCAGUCGUCUGAGAGCUGCUGCGACCGCAGGGUCUAAAGAAUCAAAGUUGUCCUGGAACUCACCAUGUACCUGAGGCUUGUUUUGAACUCCUAAUCCUAUCGCUUCCAACUCCCGAAUGCUGAAAUUACAGGUGUGAGCCGCAGGAGUGGUAUCAGUGGGACUUGUUUCGUGGUGAAUGCAGAAGGACCUUGCUGAGCCAUUCCUGAGUCUGCAGAGGGCUGUAGUUUCUUGAAACAUACCAAACUACUAUACUUGUGGAGGAGACCUCAGAAUGGAGACUCUGUCGUUCCCCAGAUACAAUGUAACUGAGAUUGUGGUUCAUAUUCGAAAUAAAAUACUAACGGGAGCUGAUGGCAAAAACCUCUCUAAGAAUGAUCUCUAUCCAAACCCAAAGCCUGAGGUCUUGCACACUAUCUACAUGAGAGCCUUACAGAUAGUGUAUGGGAUCCGGCCGGAGCACUUCUACAUGAUGCCGGUGAACGUAGAAGUCAUGUAUCCACAACUAAUGGAGGGCUUUUUACCAAUCACCAAUUUAUACUCUCAUCUGGCCUCCUUUAUGCCCAUCUGCCGAGUGAAUGACUUUGAGUUCUCUGAUCUUCUGUAUCCAAAAGGCAAACGGACAAUGCGGUUUUUGAGUGCCAUUAUCAACUUUAUUCACUUCAGGGAAGCAUGCCAGGAGACGUAUGCAGAAUUUCUUUUGGAAAAUAAAUCCUCUGCAGACAAAAUGCAGCAGUUAAGGAGUGUGCACCAGGAAGCAUCGAUGAAACUGGAGAAACUCGAGUCAGUUCCAGUUGAAGAGCAGGAAGAGUUCAGGCAGCUUAUGGAUGACAUUCAAGAGCUGCAGCACUUGCUGAACCACGAGUUUAGGCAGAAAACGGCAGUGCUGCAAGAGGGAAUUGCCCAAAAGAAAUCAGCUAUUUCAGAAAAAACGAAGCGUUUGAAUGAACUAAAGCUGUCAUUGGCUUCUUUGAAAGAAGUUCAAGACAGCUUGAAAAGCAAAGUUGUGGACUCUCCCGAGAAGGUGAAGAACUUGAAAGAGAAGAUGAAAGACACCGUCCAGAAGCUCCAGAGUUCCCGGCAAGAAGUGAUGGAGAAGUAUGAACUCUAUAGAGACUCUGUGGAUUGCCUGCCUUCCUGUCAGCUGGAGGUGCAGUUAUAUCAAAAGAAAAUCCAGGACCUUGCAGAUAACAGGGAGAAACUGAGCAGUAUCUUGAAGGAGUGCCUGAACUUGGAGGACCAGAUUGAAAGUGAUUCAUCAGAACUAAAGAAACUGAAGACUGAAGAAAACUCACUCAAAAGACUGGUGACUGUCAAGAAGGAGAAGCUUGCCACCACACGCUUCAAGAUAAACAAGAAGCAGGAAGACGUGAAGCAGUACAAGCGGACAGUGAUCGAAGAUUGCAAUAAAGUUCAAGAAAAAAGAGAUGCUGUCUGUGAGCAGGUAACCACCAUUAAUCAAGAGAUCCAGAAGAUUAAAUCUGGGAUUCAGCAACUAAAAGAUGCCGAGAAAAGGGAGAAACUGAAGUCUCAGGAAAUCUUUGUCAACUUGAAAAGCGCUCUGGAGAAGUACCAUGAGAGCAUUGAGAAGACCACGGAGGAGUGCUGCACUAGAACAGAAGAGAAGACUGCCGAGCUGAAGAAGAGGAUGUUCCGAGUGCGGCCUUGAUCCACACAGGCAGCCAGCCCUCCAAUACACCGCCUUCCCGGUUCCCGUCGGCGGCGUAGUUACAGCGAUGCCGGUAGAAGUACCAGCACGUCCGCUAACUUACCCGGUCACCUGGUCACCCACCGCUGGUCCCCAUUUGCCUUUGCUGUGCUUUUAUAGGCUGGUGUGCUCCCUGUGUUUUUUCUUUGUAUUUUAGAUACCAAAAAUAAUAGGAUAGCAAAUAAAGGUAGAAAUACUUAAUAGAUAGAAUUUUGAGAAAUUGUUCAGUAUCCAAUAGGCAAGAGGUCUAGUAAUUGAUAUUCAAAGGUAAAAUGAAGGCAUUCUUUUGGUUGGUGUGACUUUUCCUAAGCACACGUUGUUGAACGACAACUAAGGUUUUAGGAUUAAGCUAUGUCAUAAGCAGAACUGUUAAGUAUUUUUUUUUAACCUUUCACUCAUACCAUGAAAUAAACUUAAAUGAGCUUCAA